CACAUAGUAUCGAAGAGCUCAUUUUUUGAGUAUCGAUAGUAAUGCGUGGUAAAAGAUAAUCAUUUUCAUUGUUUACGGCUGUUGUAUCGCUUUUGUGUAUAUCUGCGCCUGCGUCCGUACUUAAUUUACUACUAGUACUUACUGCAUUGAACAUGUUCCGCCACUGUAAUUUGUUUAUGCUGGGCUUGCUUGUUGUAGCCUCCGGUUUUCUAAUUUCCAACGUGGACGGCUACCGUCGUGGAUAUCAGCGUGCGUCAACAUCGACGCCAGCGACGACAACGCCGCCUCCUCAAACUCCCAAGGAAUAUUUGGACAGCAAGUCGAGUUUCUCGACAUUCGGUAUUAUCGCCAUAAUAUUUACGAUCAUUGUGAUCUCUCUAGUGUUUUACUAUGGCAUCAUGUGCUAUCCUCUGUUGUGCCGCGACGAUAAGAAAUACCGCUUCAUGGACGUAUCCACAAUCACGGCAGCCACAUCACGUUCGAUACAAUCAAUAGAAAACUACCCGGUGGACCAAAAGCAUAAUCAUCAACUUGCCUAAAUAAUUGACAUAUCUUUUAAAGUACGUAACGUAAGCAUAUAAUCAUGCUUAUACGCUGAGGACAGCAGACACGAUUUUAUACAGGUAUUUUACAUCAUCAGGUUGCGGCCCAAAAACAAAAACAAUCCAAGUCGCGCUUCUUACUUCAAAUUCGACGUAUCUUUUGAUGCUCUAACUCGAAAUUAAAAUACGAUUAUGGAGAACUCUCUUUUGAGAGAUCCCCUACAAUUAGCCUAGAAAAACAAUUGCUCACUGGUUGUACUUAAAACACAAUAUACUGAUUUUAUUCUUAUAUACCCUUAGAUUUAAAUAUAUACAUUUAGCAUAGCGGCAAUUUUUAAAGAUUUGAUGCAUUUAGUACCUAAUUUACUGAUACUUGCAUUUAAGAUAAAUGUUUCAUUUAAUCUUGGCCAAUAUUAAGCCAUAUAUUCCAGCUUGUAUUUUACUUUACAUUUUAGACAAAUAAAUAUUUCUACCAACGCCACCCUCAA